AUGGCACCAUCGAAGUCUAUCUGCGCGAUCUUGCUCGCCUUCAUCUUUCUCCUUCAUCAAGCUCAAGGAAGGAUUGUCAUCGGCUAUCGAACAGUCUCUGAAGCGGAAGCCAUGUCCAUAAAUCAAAACAACAAGCCAACUAGAAAUAUAUACUACGAUAACAUAUCCCCAGAUCAGUCUCAAUUAGGACCUGGCUUUUAUAUGACAAACGAAGCUGCCACCUGGUACACUUCAGACGACGAAUGGUUCUGUGUUAUUAAAGCGGAUGCACAGAAGUUCAACUCAAUCGGCAAAGUAUGGAUCCCAAGGAACUAUUGGAUGACCCCUCCAUAUUUGAUCCUGGGUUACAUCAGGACAUUGGUGAACAAUCCCGAGAAAGCGUUACGCUUUUCAUAUAUCUACAUGAGAGAGUAUAUGAUACAAAUGCUUAUUCCAACGAACGUGGUAAAUGACGAUGAUUUGGAUUUAUGGGGCCGGUGCUUUGACACAGCGGAAGGGCUGACAGAGUAUUCGGACGAGACCGUCAAUUGGGAAUCUUGGGGUAUUAGUGGAGAGGCUGGAAAACAGGGAGAGGAACCCAGUUAUGAUUCGGAUUCUGAUUUGAAUUCUGAUUCGGAUUGA